ACUCCGCCAUCAAAAACAUCUCCAAAACCCCACUCCGCAAUGAGACCCGCAGCCGCAACAGCCACCGCUACCGCCGCCGCGCUCCGUCUCCGCGCCGCCGCUGCCUCCCUCUCGCCUCCUCUCGCCGCCCUCCUUCCUCACCGUAGAUCCUCCCUCGUACUUCCUCCGCUGCGCCGCUUCUGCUCACCUGCGCCUCCCCACGCCUCCGCCGCCCCCGAUUCCCAGCCCCCGCCGCGGUUGCCUUCUCCCAUCAUGGACGCGCAGUUCGAGCUCUUCCGCGCGCAGCUCGACGACUCUUCCACCCUCCGCGACCGCAUCCGCGCCGUCGUCGCCGAGAUCGAGUCCGCCUCCCGCGUCGCCACCGCCGCUCUCCUCCUCGUCCACCAGCCCGUCCCCCUCGCAGACGUGCUCGUGAAGGCCAAGGCGCAGGUGGAGGUGAUCAAGGGGCUGUAUGCCCGGCUGGCGGAGGUCCUCAAGGAGUGCCCUGGUCAGUACUACAGGUACCAUGGUGAUUGGAGGACCGAGACACAGAUGGCGGUGUCGAUGCUUGCGUUCACGCACUGGCUGGAGACUGGGGGCCUACUCAUGCAUGCUGAAGCCCAGGAGAAGCUAGGAUUGUCCUCUGGGGAGUUUGGCCUUGAUGUUGAGGACUACCUGACAGGACUCUGCUUCAUGUCCAAUGAAUUUCCUAGAUUUGUAGUAAAUCGCGUUACUGCUGGUGACUAUGACUGUCCUAAAAGGGUUUUGGGCUUCUUGACUGAUCUUCAUGCUUCAUUUAGGAUGCUGAACCUGCGCAAUGACUUCUUGCGUAAGAAAUUUGAUGGGAUGAAGUAUGAUUUGAGGAGGGUGGAAGAGGUCUACUAUGAUGUGAAGAUCCGAGGACUUGUACCUGUGGAGUUGAAACAAGAGACUCAAUCGUAGAAUCCUUGGUAACGUUAACAUACUUUGUGGUUUGGCUUUUGCCAUCCAUAACGUGUUCAUCUAGCUACAAUGCCAAAAAUUUCUGUUAGAGGUAUGUGUUAUGGACUGAACUGGUGUCUUGGGGGCACUCGCAUGACCUUGGUCAUUUCUUUUGCUGUGGCGCCACAUGUUCAUGCAUUUGACGGUAUGUGAGUUAGAUUUCGUGAACUCCGGAGAGAAUAAUUUCUCUCUCACCUUGCCUUUCACAAAUCUUGAUGCUUAUCUAAUGGUGAUAUACAUGUUUGGAUUUUCAUUCGGAUUUGUGGUUUGUAAGCAAGGCAAUGAUAGGUGUGUUUAGUUUGAGGAAUGGAACAAUUCAUCGUUGUUUC